CUGGCUUUAAUUUACUACUCCCAAUUCCAUUUGCUACUUCAUUAUUCAUCUUUAUUCUCUCUCUCUCUCUCUCAGUGUUUUCUGCAAAGCCUAACAAGGAAGGGAUAGGAGUGGAGUCAUGGCCAGGUCAUUAGGAGUAGUUAAUAAGCGAGCCAGCCUUGUUCUCGUUCUCGGGUUCAUGGUGAUCGCUGCUGCACCGAAUGAGGUGGCUGCCAUAUCAUGUGGUCAGGUAGUUAGCAAUCUUAGUCCAUGCAUCGUUUACCUGCGCACGGGCGGGCCGCUGCCACCCAAAUGCUGCAGUGGCGUGAGGACGCUUAGCAGAGCAGCUAGAACCACGGCGGACCGCCAGACCACAUGUAUCUGCUUGAAGUCUUCCGCCGCUGGUGUCCCUGGAAUCAAACCGGCUCUCGCCUCCUCACUCGCUGACAAAUGUGGCGUCAAUCUCCCUUACAAGAUCAGCCCCAGUACCGACUGCUCAAGGGUGAAGUGAAGUGGAUGAGUAAAAUUGAUGAAGCAGCGUUUUACAAUUAAUGUAGAAUUUAAGAUUACAAGAAGGUUGAGAGGAAAGAUCGAGUUGCUCAUCUGACUGAUCUCAGCGCCUGUGCCAGUGUGUAGUGUCUGCUGUAUUGUUUUUACUUGAAUGGUAUCAUGCUUGUUUGAUGUUGAAAUUAAAUAUCCUAUGUAAUAAAUUAUAUAUAUAUGUAUGUAUAUAUUUAUUUAGAAUUAUAUAUGCACCUCUCUGCAUAUGUGGUACGUUUUAA